GUAAAAAGAAAUCCCCGUUUUCGCCUUUUCGGUGGAUGCCAUCAGGGCAAAUCGUUAAAUAUCAUCUCCAUCUCCGUUUGGAGGUGUAUGCAUUAUAUACCAUAAAUUUUAUAUUUUAUUGCGAUCCGUCGUGGUCGGCGGCACCAUUUUCUGAUUCUGUGGCUGCAGAUUAUGUGGCGUUGAAUUCUGGGUUCCAUAAAUCGAUGGCUCUAGACGGUGUAAUUACUUCACCUCACAGGAGGACUCAAACUGCAUUUUCUUCAACUUCAUCCAGAAAAAACUACACAAGUGGAAACGAAUUGGGCAGCUUCUCGACAGUGGUCAGGCGACACCGCUUCCUAUUAACUGCCCUUGCACUCCUUGCAUUCCUAUGCACCAUUUAUCUAUACUUUGCCAUUACUUUAGGGGCUGCUGAUGUCUGUAUGGGUUUGACUGGAUCACAAAAGGCAUUGUGUCAGGUUCAACUUGCAAAAGACUCCAUAGCUAAAGGAAAACUCAAGUUUAUGUAGUGUCGCUCUCUCUCUCUAGGAGGAACACUUUAGAGCUAAAUAGUGAGAGGUUUAUGUGUUAUUUAUUAUGUGUCUUUGUUAGUAUUCAGAAAGAAAAGGGAAAGGAGCUAUUGGUUUUUUGGUGAUUUGCAGCUGAAAACUGUGAAGAAACUAGAUUGUGUUCGUAGUACUAAAAUUAGUGUUGCUUUUUUACUGUAUUGAAAUUAAUAGUUACUGUAUAAAAUUGGAUCCAUAAUUGUUUAUCUGGUGUUUUAAUAUAUUAUAUGUAUGUAAUUUAGGGAAAA